AUGCAGGCUGGUCUGUUCAAAGAGAACUCCCACUACAAAGUGACUAUCUAUCUAUCUAUCUAUCUAUCUAUCUAUACCAUUAUCUAUCUAUCUAUCUAUCUAUCUAUCUAUCUAUCUAUCUAUCUAUUAGGUUUUUGUCUCCCUAUUGCUAUCUCUUUCUCUAUUUUAUUUAGUCUGUUUUCAUUAUCUAUCUAUCUAUCUAUCUAUCUAUCUAUUAGAUCUAUAUAUCUAUCUAUCUAUCUAUCUAUCUAUUUCAUUCUGUCCAAAUCUAUCUAUCUAGUUAGUGAGCUAUCUCUGUAUCUAGCAAGCUGCCUGGCUGAAUUUUUGCCUUUUUUCUCUUUUUUUACUGUGAUAUUUUCAUCCACUAUUAAGUUUCUUUUAUUUUUACUCAUGAACUUUUCUUACUUUCUUUCUUUCUUUCUUUCUUUCUUUCUUUCUUUCUUUCUUAUCCCUAUUUUCAGUCUUUCUUUCUUUCUUAUUCCAAUUAUAAUCUCAUAUUCAUCCUCUCUUAAUUUUCUUUUAUUCUUACCUAUAAUCUUUCUUUCUUUCUCUCUUUCUUCUUUCUUUCUCUCUUUCUUCUUUCUUUCUCUCUUUCUUCUUUCUUUCUCUCUUUCUUCUUUCUUUCUUUCUUUCUUUCUUUCUUUCUUUCAUAUCCCAAUUAUUAUCUCAUAUUCAUCCUCUCUUAAUUUUCUUUUAUUCUUACCUAUAAUCUUUUUCUUUCUUAUCUCUCUUUUUCUUUUCUUUCUUUUUCUUUCUUUCUUUUUCUUUUUUUUCUCUAUUCAUUCUUUCUUUUUUCUUUUUUCUCUUUUUUCUUUUUCUUUCUUUCUUUCUUUCAUAUCCCAAUUAUUAUCUCAUAUUCAUCUUUCUUAA